AUGGCUGUCCGAUGCUUUGUACUGCUAUUUGCUUUGCUAUUAUGCUUCGUUCAAAGUGUGCCUGUCGUGCUUGAGAGCAGCUCCAACCAGACCAUUAAUAUCGACGAAGCUAUCAAAGCUACGGGCUACUAUGAUCGCGAGCACCGUCCUGUGUUUGAGCACAUGGAAGGCAUGGACUGGCAGCAUGUUCUCGACCUUUCGGAAUGCAACAUCAAGCAACAGGAUAUCAUCGAAGACGCAUUUCACACUGCAGCCUAUGUGAUUUUGAUCCCGACCAUUCUAGAUGGGGGCAAGAUUGAUCUCAACAAUGCUUGGAAUCGUUUCUUCAUGAAUGACAACGAGGCAGCAUGGGGCUAUGGCUGGACCACUCGUGGUGAUAGGGGUCGAGUGAACAAAGACGCUUUCGAGGCCAUUGUUGGGAACUUUCGGAAAGCUGCUACAUUUUAUCCUACUGGCUAUGUCGAGGGGCAUUGGGUACAGAGAUCUCAGAUACACCGACUCAAGGUCAGAUGUAAAGAGGUGUAUGAAAUAGGAAGAUGUGAAAGCAGGAAUACUGCAGCAUACGUGACGGAACCACUGAAGGACGAGGAUGGUCAAUGGGCCAUGACAAUUUGCCCAAAGUGGUUCACGCGCCGGGUGGAGUCCAUCGUGGACGUUGGGAAAAUGUGGAAAACCCUUGAUAAUUUACCACAAAUGAUGUCCCGGGAACACGUUAUCCUUCACGAAUGGAUGCACUGCGAUCUGCCCAAGUUCAGACAGCAUAUAAAAGAUGAGCUUUGGUUUGGAGGGCCUGUCAAUGGAGCUGCGAACUCCCACGACUUUGCAUGGGUAAAUGCCUUUCGCUCCGACCAAAUUACACCCGCCGAGAAACCCGCUAUCAACUUGCGUGUUGAGACAAACGCGGACAACUACGCUUGGUAUCUUACGAAUCGAUGGUUUGAGAAGCUCAUCGAAUGGCGCGACCCUUCACGAGGUAGAGACAUCUGA